AUGGAAAAGGUCGGGGGAAUAUACAUAAGAGAAAUGUCAGCUAGUCUAAGAGCCUCACAUGACAAUGUCCACUCAGCCUACACCUCCCCGGGCCCUCGCUCGUCCGCCCACAACUCUCCAUCCCGUCAAUCCAGCGCGUUCGCCCAGUCAGCAGCCGCAAAACGUUCCCAAAUGCUCCGCGGAUUCUCACAAGACGUCGAGCCACAACCGGUACCGGAGAGCUCCACCAUGCGCCGCAAUCGAAUGUUGCGGACACGAGAACGCUCAUUCCAGUACCCCGACGAGUACUAUCACGCCUAUCAACCUCAUCAAUUCGACCCACAGGAGCAGUACUAA